CUCCCUAUCACGCUCGCCGUUCCCUACAAUGGCUACGCGUCGUCCACCAUCGUCGCGCUCGAAGAGCAAUAAUCCAGGCCUACCGCCACCACGUUCCCGUUCAGCUAUGGCCAAACCUUCGUCUCCAAUAGAGAACUCGUCACUACCUGUGCCAUCAACAUCAAGAUUACAGAAACCAACAGCAGCCGCUCCGGUAAAGCAUAAAGAUGAUGCUGAAUCGAAUAUACGGGUUGUUCUACGGUGUCGACGACGCUCGGAACGUGAAAUCGAAAGCAAUAGCCCAGUCAUCGUCACCUCAAACGGAGCCAAAAGUAACCAGGUUUCCAUUGAAACGACAGCUCCAACAUCUACUCUGGGUGUUGUAACUCUUCCACCUAUACGCACGUAUCCCUUCGAUCUGGUCUUUGGUCCUGAAGCAGACCAAGCAUUGAUAUAUCAUGAAGUCGUCAGUCCAAUCUACACGAUGCAUGGCGACUUGGUUCCAACUGCCAUGGGCAAUCCAUCAGUCCACGCUGGUAUGAUUCCGCGGGUUCUAUUUCGACUUUUCCACUCUCUGGAGACGUCUGGAUCUGACUUCAGCGUUAAGAUAUCCUAUAUCGAGCUCCUAAUGUCCAAGGACGCUUCCAAAAGCGCGGACGGUGGUUUGAAAAUUUUCGACGAUGCCAAUAAGCGCGGGGUUUUCAUCCAAGGCAUCGAAGAGAUAUCUGUAAAAGAUUCUGCUGAUGCAUUGGCACUCUUGACCAAGGGGAGUGACAGACGUCAAGUAGCUGCGACGAAAUUCAACGACCACUCUAGUCGGUCGCAUUCUAUCUUCUCUAUCACCGUCCAUACCAAAGAAAACGGCGUUGUUGGGGAGGAUUUACUUAGGACCGGAAAACUUAACUUGGUUGAUUUGGCCGGGUCUGAAAACAUUGGACGUUCUGGUGCUCAGAAUGCCCGCGCCCGGGAAGCUGGAAUGAUCAACCAGAGCUUGUUGACGUUAGGACGCGUGAUAAACGCGCUGGUUGACAAAGCUCAACACGUUCCUUACAGGGAAUCCAAACUUACUCGACUCCUGCAAGAUUCGCUUGGAGGACGCACAAAGACUUGCAUCAUUGCCACCGUUUCUCCCGCCCGUUCCAAUAUCGAAGAGACGUUGUCGACCCUUGACUAUGCGAUGAGAGCCAAAUCUAUUCGUAACAAACCUGAAGUCAAUCAACGGAUGACGCGAAACUCCCUCCUCAAGGAGUACGUUGCGGAAAUCGAGCGUUUGAAAGCCGAUGUCCUGGCUGCGCGAGAAAAGAAUGGUAUAUUCUUCUCGGAAGAGACAUGGAAUCAAAUGACUGCUGAGCAAGAGCUCCGGGACACCGAGAUCAUCGAAGCGAGGAAACAAGUGGAGAUUGUAGAGGGACAAAUGAAAGUCGUGCGAGAGGAGUUCGAAGAGAGUAUCGGAAGACUGAAACAGAGAGAAGCCGAGCUGAAGGACACGAAGGAGCACCUAAGGUCCACUAAAGAGGUCCUAGAGGAGAAGAAGACUGAACUUUUGUCGGUCAAAGUGGCGCUCGAGGAAGAACUGGUAGUCCGCCGAGCAUUCCAAGCGACUGAAGGUGUCCUGGACACAGUUGCUGGAGGAUUGAAGACCGUGACUCACGAGAGCAUCGCCGAUGUUGGAAGUUUGUUCAACAAACUUGAACGCAAAAACGAUGUCAUGCAGUCGAACGCUAAGGCAGUUCUGACGCAUGGUAAGAACAUCGCAUCAGCCACACAACUUCUCUCGCGACACCUCGAUGAAUUCAUGAGCACUUCAUCCGCAAAUGUCAGUAAAUUACGUCAAGAAGCUAAACAAUUCGAAUCCUCCGAACUGUCGAGCCUUGCAUCGUACUCCCAACGUAUCCACGAGCAUCUACAGCAAGUACAAGAAUCACUAAAUGAUAUAUGUGGGCAGGACGACUCCGAAGAUCAAGCUCUCACAGUUGUGAAGAAGACUAUGCAGGAGACGCACGAGACUUUCAAAGUUGGCUUUGGUUCGUGGGGUGAAAACCUGAGCUCCAGCUGUGUACAAUUGUGCGCCAAAGUGGACAACGUGGGAGCUAAUGCGUUUGGAGGAGUAGAAAAAGCUGUGAAAGCGAUGGCCCUGUUAGUUGAGGAUGUGCUUCGCGAUGCUCUACAGUUCAUUGAAGCUGAACGGCAAGGACUUCUUGCCUUGCAAUCACUCGGUUCCGACGCUGCGAAUGCCGAGAUUCAGCGGUUGCGCGAGCAGAAUGAAGUCUUGACGACAAUGAUCGAAAACGAGCGGAUUAACGCGGACAAAUCAAAGAGCGAACUAGUCAAACGGAUAUCUGGGUUGCUUGGAGACUUUGUGAUGGAGAGAGAUAAGGGACUCAGGGUGGCUGUGAAGGGUGUCCAGAUUGCAAAUGAAAAGGGUGCUGGAGUGUUGAAAGAAUUCAUUGGGAAGCAGGAUAGCGCGCUGAGUGACAUGGAAAGCGAAGGUACCAAAGUGGCGACCACCUUGGAGAAGCGGAGUGGAGAUAUGAAGCGCACAAGAGACGGUAUUCUUAAAAACCUGAACCAGGUGAAAGAGACUGUCACCACGGAAUUGGCUUCUCUGAGCACCAACGUUGCUGGAUCAAUAUCGUCGUAUUCGAAUAUAAUCCAAAAACAAACUCAGGACAUGGUGGACUCCUGUUCUACAAGUUUCGAACAACAUCAACGUGUCAAACGCGCUCGAAUCGAGACAACUAAGGCUAUGGGUGUGAAUGUUCAAUCUGAAUAUCGAUCACUUGACCUUGAUCUUGCAUCAACAUCUCGUAGUACCGAGGGUUUCGUGAACCAGGUAUCCUCCACGGCUUCCAAUCUCCAGGAUAUGAUCACGACCUUGAAAAGUUCCGCAAGUUCACAGGUGUCUUCUUUGGGCUGUGCGACGCGUUCUUUGGCAGAGCAGGGUGCCAAAGAAGAUGUGCCAACGGGAUCUACGCCUCGGAGAAAAGCGUGGGAAUAUGUCGACCACUGGGAGCUCACCAAAAGUCGGGACGACUUGCUCGAGGCAUGGCGACAGAAAGUGCUCUCGUCUGUUAAGAACGAGGCCUUUCUGGCGGAGCACCUUCCUUUGCCAGAAGAGGACGAUAUCGCCUCGGUGAUCGACGAAACACUGUCGUCCUCUGCUCAAUCACCUAGUUCACCAGUGGCGCCGGCGUCAUUGGUUUCUUCUGCAUCUUCCGUUUCAUAUCCAUCAAUACCACAACCAAUAAUGAAAGGGAACACGAAAUACUCUACAAAGGGCUCUGGAGCAUUGACGGGGACAUUGACGGACGCUAGAAAUGUUUACACGACGCGAGGAAGUAGACGACGAUGAUGGACAAUGUAACUGCUACUUUCCGGACGUAUUGUACUUGUCACCAAUAUGUUAUUUAUUUAUUGACCCUAGUAUUUUAUUACAGCGUUACCAGUCAUUCCAGUC